AUGAACGCUUGUCACACCUGCCCAGACAACUAUUGGCAGGGUUGCUACAACCUCUACCCAUUCCACAAUGACCUUGGUCCCACAUCGCCAUUGAUUUUGUCACCGAUCUACCCAUCUCCCAAGCUUCCAUCAGCCUUUGAAACCGCAGAACAUCUUUUCCAUUAUGUGUUCCACUACUAUGGUUUUCCUGAAGACAUUGUCUCUGACCGGGGCCCUCAGUUUACAUCAAGGGUUUGGACAGCUUUCUUUCGACUGCUUAAUGUCAAUAUAAGUCUCACUUCAGGUUAUCACCCCCAGUCUAAUGGCCAGACGGAAUGUCUGAAUCAAGAACUCACCAAAUUCCUUCGCAUGUACUGUCAACAGAAUCAAGCCGACUGGAGCCGCUUUCUUCCCUGGGCAGAAUAUGCGCAGACAUCGAUCUUCAAACCCUCCACAAAAUUGACGCCCUUUCAGUGUAUUCUGGGGUUCCAGCCCCCUCUAUUUCCAUGGUCUGGUGAACCGUCUGAUGUACCUGCUGUUAAUGACUGGUUUCAGUGUAGUGAGGCUGUUUGGGAUCAAGCUCAUGUCCAUCAACAGUGUGCCAUCAACAGGGGAAAGGAACAAGCGGACCACCAUCGUUGUCCCAGUCCCAACUACGUUCCAGGACAGUGGAUGUGGCUUUCAACCCGGGACCUUUGUCUCCGUCUACCUUGCAAGAAGCUCAGUCCCAGUGGUCCGAGGGUGGAGGAGGAAGGCGGUGAUGCAGGCCCCUCACCCAUGAUUGUGGAUGGCGAGGAGGCAUUCCUAGUACGAGAUCUGCUAGAUUCCAGAUGUUGGUAAAGCCAUAUCCAAUAUCUGGUAGAUUGGGAGGGGUACGGUCCGGAGGAGAGGUCCUGGGUCAAGGCGGAUGAUAUCCUCGACCCCAAUCUCAUCACAGAAUUUCAUAGGACUCACCCAGAGAAACCAGUCCCUCGACCUCAAGGAAGA